AUGAAUUCAAAACUAAUCAAUCAAUGUAAAAAAGACUCUUUACUUUCACCACCACAUUUAUGUGCUUAUCCAAACCCAUUUUCCAGCUUCCGGUAUAAAAAGACUUGUAUUUGUAUCCAAAAGUACAAAGGCAGUAUCUCACACACACACAACAGUAUGGAAAAACCAUUCAAACUUUACUUCAUUCCAUACUUAGCAGCAGGACACAUGAUCCCAUUAUGUGAUAUUGCUGCUCUCUUUGCCUCUCGUGGCCACUUUGUUACAAUCAUAACCACUCCUUUAAACGCUAAAAUACUUCCUAAAUCGAACAACUUCAAUGUUCAUACUUUUCAAUUCCCUUCCAAAGAAGUUGGCCUUCCUGAGGGAAUUGAGAAUCUCUCCGCCGUCACUGAUCUUGACGGCGCCUACAAAAUCUACCAAGCCAUGGCACUGCUCCGCGAACACAUUGAGAAUUUCGUGGAGCAGCACCCGCCUGAUUGUAUUGUGGCGGAUUUUUUAUUACCGUGGGUGGAUGAGCUAGCAAACAAGCUCAGUAUUCCGAGAUUCGCAUUCAAUGGUUUCUCACUCUUUACUAUAUGUGCCAUGGAAUCUCUCAAAUCACAUCCUCUCCCUGAUGAUGCUUCUGGUCCUUUUGUCAUUCCAAAUUUUCCUCAAGAUAUCGUCAUUAAUUCAACACCACCCGUGGAUGCCAAGUCAUUCAUGGAUCCUCUUUUCACUAUAGCGCUAAAAAGCCAUGGCUUCAUCAUCAACAGCUUUGUCGAGUUCGAUGGAGAAGAGUAUGUUAAGUAUUACGAGGAAACCAUCGGUCAUAAGGCUUGGCAUCUUGGCCCGGCCUCUCUUGUUCGCGAAACCAUUCAAGAGAAGGCGGAAAGGGGUGAAAAGAGCACAUUGAGCGUCCAAAAGUAUGUGAAUUGGCUCAACACGAAGCGAGAUAACUCAGUGAUCUACAUAAGCUUUGGAACCAUGUGUCAUUUCCCCGACAUGCAAUUGUUUGAGAUUGCAAGUGCAAUAGAAGCAUCGGGUUAUGAUUUCAUAUGGGUUAUCCCCGAAAAAAAGGGGAAGGAGAAUGAGAGUGAAGAUGAUAAGGAAAAAUGGUUGCCUAAGGGAUUUCAAGAGAGGAACAAGGGAAUGAUUGUAAAGGGGUGGGCACCACAGAUGGUUAUCUUGGGUCAUCAUGCUGUUGGUGCAUUUUUGACACAUUGUGGUUGGAAUUCUACGGUGGAGGCUGUUAGUGCGGGGGUUCCGAUGAUCACAUGGCCAGUGCAAGGUGAUCAAUUCUAUAAUGAGAAGCUGAUAACUCAGGUGCGGGGGAUCGGAGUGGAAGUAGGUGUAGAUGAGUGGGUCGUGACUUCUUUUCGAGAGAUGAAAAAGCUAGUUGGGAGAGAUUGCAUAGAGAAGGCUAUAAGAAGGUUGAUGGAUGGUGGUGAUGAGGCCAUCCAAAUCAGAGAAAGAUCUCAAAAGCUUGCAAAAAUUACUAGACAUGUUGUCCAAGAAGGUGGCUCAUCUCAUAAGAAUUUGACGGCUUUGAUCAACGAGCUUAAGGAAUUGAGACACAGCAAGGUGCUUAAUUAACUAGGAUGUCAUUUUUCCUCUAUUUUAAUAGCAAAAAUUUUAAUUAACUCAAGAUAUCAUUAUUAACUCAACACCACCCACGGUUAACAAGUCAUAUGUGGAUCCUCUGCUCACUAUAGCGCUAAAAAGCCAUGGCUUCAUCAUCAAUAGCUUUGUCGAGUUCGAUGGAGAAGAGUAUGUUAAGUAUUACGAGGAAACCAUAGGUCAUAAGGCUUGGCAUCUUGGCCCGGCCUCUCUUGUUCACGAAACCAUUCAAGAAAAGGCGGAAAGGGGUGAAAAGAGCACAUUGAGCGUGCAAACGUUUGUGAAUUGGCUCGACACGAAGCGAGAUAACUCAGUGAUCUACAUAAGCUUUGGAUCCAUGUGUCUUUUCUCCGAUAAGCAAUUGUUUGAGAUUGCAAGUGCAAUAGAAGCAUCGGAUUAUGAUUUCAUAUGGGUUGUCCCAGAAAAAAAGGGGAAGGAGAAUGAGAGUGAAGAUGAUAAGGAAAAAUGGUUGCCUAAGGGAUUUGAAGAGAGGAACAAGGGAAUGAUUGUAAAGGGGUGGGCACCACAGAUGGUUAUCUUGGGUCAUCCUGCUGUUGGUGCAUUUUUGACGCAUUGUGGGUGGAAUUCUGUGGUGGAGGCUAUUAGUGAAGGGGUUCCGAUGAUCACAUGGCCAGUGCACGGUGAUCAAUUCUAUAAUGAGAAGCUGAUAACUCAGGUGCGGGGGAUCGGAGUGGAAGUAGGUGUAGAUGAGUGGGUCGUGACUGCUUUUCGAGAGAUGAAAAAGCUGGUGGGGAGAGAUUGCAUAGAGAAGGCUAUAAGAAGGUUGAUGGAUGGUGGUGAUGAGGCCAUUCAAAUCAGAGAAAGAUCUCAGAAGCUUGCAAAAAUUACAAGACAUGUUGUCAAAGAAGGUGGCUCAUCCCAUAAGAAUUUGACUGCUUUGAUCAAUGAGCUUAAGGAAUUGAGACACGGUAAGGUGAUUAAUUAACUAUGAUGUCGUUUUUCCUUUAUUUUAAUAGCCAAAAAGUGUACUAUUAUUAUACUCUUGUAUAAUUUAUAAGAGAUAAUUAAGUCAUUUUAUUGUCAAAUUGUAUCACCUAAAUAUAUAUUAAGGUUAUUUUCAA